AUGGCAGCUGUGAACCCAGCUGCAGCAGCUGCCCUUGAUGUAACCUGGAACUGCCACAAUGACAGCCGCAAUGACUGUGCAUGCCCUGAACCAGUCCAGCAGAUCAGGGUCUUCAACGUGGACCAAUUUGGACCAAUCAACAAGCCCAAACUUGGGCCACUCACCCACCGCAAUUUGGACAAAUUGGUAGGCCUCAAUUACAGCAAUCAGCUGAAUCUAACCUACACCAAUCAUAACCCUCAAUUUCAACCAAUCAGCAAGCCCAAGUUUGGACCAAUCACAAGCCUGCUGCAGCUAUUUCAAUCCUACACCAUUGGGCUUGGCCUCCACGGACUUUUUGAAUGGGAUGAACCAGGCAGCCAGAUCAUCAAGGCCAAUUUCUCCAUGCAGCACCCACAAUACAUCAGACCUUGGAACAGUAGUGACCUCAUGCUCAUCAAGUUGAACAGACCAGUUGUGGAAUCAGACACCAUCCGGACCACCCCCAUUGCGUCCAAAUGUCCAACACCUGGAACCAGGUGCUGGAUCUCUAGCUGGGGUCGGCUAUUGGAUGGAUACUACCCUUUAGAUCUUCAGUGUGUGCUUGUUCCAGUGGUUCCAGAGGAGUACUGCAGUGGUGGUGCUGACAUGGGGACCACAGAAGAAGCCCUCUGGCUCUGUUUCCUGGGAUGCAUCAUCCACACAGCCACAGGCCCCCUGGGGGUUUUCAUGGCACCAGGGUGGAAACAGCUUAUGAAGAAGUGGGGCAGCGACUGGAUCCAGAGCCCUGCUCUGCUAUUUCUUAUCUGGGCAAAGUCCCAGAUAAGGCCUCUAUGCCUCAGUUUCACCACCUCCAAUGAAGCAGAGAUUCUUCCCAAAGGAACCAGAAAUCACUUCCCAGAUGUACCUCUCAUGAUCAGAAAACGCAUCGCUGAUGGCUUUCCUUGCAAUCCACACUCCCAGCCCUGGAUGGCUGCACUCUUUGAAAAUUAUGAGCACUACUGUUCUGGAGUUCUAGUGCAUCCGCAGUGGGUGCUGUCAGCUGCACACUGCUGGAAAACAUCCUACACUAUUGUGCUGGGCCUCCACGGACUUUAUGAUUGGUUUGAACCAGGCAGCCAGAUUGUCCAGUCCUUUUUCUCCGUGCAGCACCCAGACUAUGUCAAACCUUCAAGCGGUAAUGACCUCAUGCUCAUCAAGUUGAACACACCAGUUGUGGAAUCAGACACCAUCAAGACCAUCCCCAUCGCGUCCCGAUGUCCGACAUCUGGAACCAGGUGCCGGACCUCUGGCUGGGGUCAGCUGUUGAAUGGCUACGACUACCCUUAUUAUCUGCAGUGUGCAAUUAUUCCAGUGGUUUCAGAGGAGGAUUGCAGAUUCGAGCUUAAGCCAUCCUACCAUGACAGUAUGUUCUGUGCUGGUGCUGAGGGCCGCAUGGACACUUGCCGAGCAGACUCUGGAGGCCCUGUGGUCUGCGGUGGGUUCCUGCAGGGCCUUGUGUCCUGGGGAUUCCAACCCUGUGGCCAACCUGGAAUUCCCAGUGCCUACACCAACCUCUGCAAAUUCAAAGACUGGAUAAAUGAAAUCAUCCAGACCAGAUAA